UGGCCUGUACUGUAAUUGUCUCUUUGUUUUGUCUUGUUUGUUUGUUUUUAGAUUUGUAUUAUUCUCGUCUAUUAUGUUUUGGGAAUCUUUGGAGGCACUUUGCUAAUUAAACUCCCAAUCAUCUGCGGUUGAUCUCAUUGAUUCUCAAUGCCCUCUCUGCUCGCUUCCAUGGUUUCUCUACCAGCUUCCACCAAAACCGCCUCAGAAAACCCACACGUUCUCUCAAAGCUCCAUGAUCAUUCGCAUAAGUCAAACGUGAUUUCCCGAAAUAUUUCAUUUUCGGGACUCGGGUUUUUUAAUUCACAGCAUAAGCCACAAAGAGAAAUCAGAAUUUUGGGAAGUUCUAAUCACAACGAAGCUUUGGUUGAUUCUACAGCUCCGAUAUUGGAUGUUCCACUAUUGUCUUGUUUAGAGGCUAUUGAAAGGCUAAAAACAAGCCGAGAAACUCAAAAGGGCAAGCAGAAAUUCCUAGCCAUGUACUCGAGCGUUUUUGGUGGAAUAACGACAGAUCCAGCAGCUAUGGUGAUCCCCAUUGAUGAUCACAUGGUCCACAGAGGGCACGGUGUUUUUGAUACUGCAGCCAUAAUGGACGGAUACCUCUACGAGCUGGACCAACACCUUGACCGGAUUUUAAGGUCUGCAUCCAUGGCCAAAAUUGAACUCCCAUAUGAUCGCGAAAGGAUAAGAAGAAUACUGAUACAAACUGUGAGUGCUUCCAAGUGUAGAAAAGGAUCUUUGAGAUACUGGCUCUCUGCAGGACCGGGCGAUUUCCAACUAUCCCCAUCUGGCUGCAAUCAACCAGCUCUUUAUGCUGUUGUAAUCCAAGAUCAAACACCAUUUGAUUCAAAGGGCAUUAAAGUAAUAACUUCAUCAGUCCCGAUUAAACCCCCACAAUUUGCUACCAUGAAAAGUGUGAAUUACCUUCCAAAUGUGCUUUCAAGGAUGGAGGCAGAGGAAAAUGAUGCAUAUGCAGCUAUUUGGUUAGAUGGUGAAGGGAUAGUUGCUGAAGGGCCUAACAUGAACGUGGCUUUUGUUACAAAAGACAAGGAACUUCUCAUGCCUAACUUUGACAACAUUCUAAGUGGGUGCACAGCUAAGAGGGUAUUGACUCUUGCGAAUGAACUGGUUAGGGAGGGUAAGCUUCAAGGAGUAAAAGUAAGAAAUGUGACUGUAGAUGAAGGGAAGAAAUCCAAUGAGAUGAUGCUCAUUGGCAGUGGAGUUCUUGUUCGGCCUGUAAUCCAGUGGGAUGAGCAGGUCAUUGGUGAUGGCAAAGAAGGUCCUGUGGCUCUCAAUCUCUUGAGUCUCAUCAUUGAGGACAUGAAAUCUGGUCCCCCUACUGUCCGAGUUCCUGUUCCCUACUAAGCUUGCUUGAUUCCUUCUCUUUGUGUUACAUGACACAGCUUCGCAGUAAGACUCAAUCCAUCAUGGUUGAGAACCGUGGAGUUCUGUCAUUUUCAACCAUUGCUGAGAGAUCCAUGGUGCUUUGCUACAAAUAAGUGCUUUAAAUUCUUGACGUAUGCCCAUUAUCUCCACUACAGAAAGGCAGGCAAUGUGAUGCUUGAUGACGGCCUAUCUAUUUGGUCUUGUACUUGUAAAGAAAUAUAACAGUAAGCUUCUGUAACAGCUUAAUGUGAAUGCAUGCAUGAUACAAUGCUAAAAAUUCCUCUCAGAUGGCGUCUUUGUGUUUACAUCUUCUAGGAAUAACAAAUAUGCGGAUUGUACUAAUUGCUUUAAAUUUGCAAUCUUAGCCAUACAGAGUUCAUGCAAAGUGUUUAUCAAUGAAGAGAUUUCAUAAUUCCUCCUA